UUUGGGAAUAGAAACUAAAAAAUGGAGACUGUAAGUAGAAGCAGCUUCCAGCCUCAUCCAGGACUGCAGAAGACCUUGGAACAGUUUCAUCUGAGCUCUAUGAGCUCCCUGGGUGGCCCUGCUGCUUUCUCAGCACGAUGGGCACAGGAGAUGUACAAGAAAGACAAUGGCAAAGACCCAGCAGAACCUGUACUGCAUCUGCCCCCUAUCCAGCCUCCUCCGGUAAUGCCUGGUCCCUUCUUCAUGCCCUCGGACAGAUCCACAGAGAGGUGCGAGACCAUCCUGGAAGGGGAAACCAUCUCCUGCUUCGUGGUGGGUGGAGAAAAGCGGCUUUGCUUGCCCCAGAUCCUGAACUCGGUGCUCAGGGACUUUUCCCUGCAGCAGAUUAAUUCGGUGUGUGAUGAGCUACAUAUUUACUGCUCCAGAUGCACUGCUGACCAGCUGGAAAUCCUCAAAGUCAUGGGCAUCCUGCCCUUCUCUGCUCCUUCCUGCGGGCUCAUCACUAAAACUGAUGCUGAGAGGCUUUGUAACGCCUUGCUUUAUGGUGGCACCUAUCCUCCCCACUGCAAGAAGGAAUUCUCUAGCACGAUUGAGCUGGAGCUUACAGAGAAGAGCUUCAAGGUGUAUCAUGAGUGCUUUGGGAAGUGUAAGGGACUCUUGGUGCCAGAGCUUUACAGUAACCCCAGCGCAGCCUGCAUCCAGUGCCUGGACUGCAGGCUUAUGUACCCACCUCACAAAUUUGUGGUCCACUCUCACAAAUCUCUGGAAAACAGGACUUGCCACUGGGGCUUUGACUCUGCAAACUGGAGAUCCUAUAUCCUCCUCAGCCCGGAUUACACUGGGAAAGAGGAGAAAGCUAGACUGGGCCAGCUCUUAGAUGAAAUGAAAGAAAAAUUUGACUAUAACAACAAAUACAAGAGGAAAGCCCCCAGGGUCCCUUCAGAUCCUCCUGCUUCCAAAAAGCCCAAAAUAGAUGACUCUGCUUCCCAAUCUCCAGCUUCUACUGAGAAGGAAAAACAGUCCAGUUGGUUACGGUCCUUAUCCAGUUCAUCUAACAAGAGCAUUGGCUGUGUCCAUCCCCGUCAGCGUCUCUCAGCUUUCCGGCCCUGGUCCCCUGCUGUAUCAGCAAAUGAGAAAGAGCUCUCAACUCAUCUUCCCGCAUUGAUCCGAGACAGUUUUUACUCCUACAAAAGCUUUGAGAAUGCUGUGGCCCCCAAUGUGGCACUUGCACCUCCAGCCCAACAGAAAAUUGUCAGCAACCCCCCUUGUGCCACAGUAGUAUCACGGAGCAGUGAGCCGCUGAGCAGCACUGUCCAGCCACGGAAAAGAAAACUUGCUGCAGAAAACACAGCUAUCCCAGAAGCAGCAGCCACUGUUGCGGCCACUGUUACUGCCACUGAAGAGGAUAAGGAAUCAGAAGCAGAAAUUGAAGUAGAAACCAGGGAAGAAUUCACCUCCUCCUUAUCCUCGCUCUCCUCCCCAUCCUUUACUUCAUCCAGCUCUGCAAAGGACAUGAGCUCACCUGGGAUGCAAGCCCCAGUCACAGUCAACAGUGUGUAUGAGGUUGCAACACAUUCUGACUCUCACAGCAGUGGGCUGGAAGCUGAGCUGGAGCACCUAAGGCAGGCCCUGGACAGUGGCCUAGAUACAAAAGAAGCCAAAGAAAAAUUCCUCCAUGAAGUUGUUAAGAUGAGAGUGAAGCAGGAAGAGAAGCUCAAUGCUGCCUUGCAAGCCAAACGCAGUCUACAUCAGGAGCUGGAGUUCCUAAGAGUGGCUAAGAAAGAGAAACUGAGAGAAGCAACAGAGGCGAAGCGCAACUUAAGGAAGGAGAUUGAACGUCUGAGAGCUGAGAAUGAGAAGAAAAUGAAGGAAGCCAAUGAGUCUCGGAUACGACUGAAGAGGGAACUGGAACAAGCCAGGCAGAUCCGGGUUUGUGACAAGGGCUGUGAAGCAGGCAGGCUCCGGGCCAAGUACUCAGCCCAGAUUGAGGACCUACAGGUUAAGCUUCAGCACGCAGAGGCUGACAGGGAGCAGCUCCGAGCUGACCUGAUGCAUGAAAGGGAGGCUCGAGAACACUUGGAAAAAGUCGUCAAGGAACUUCAGGAACAACUGUGGCCUAAGUCAAGCAGUCAAGCCAGCAGUGAAAACACAACGAGCAACAUCGAGAACUAAACAAACACCACAUCAUCUAAUACACAUACAGAAUGACAUAUAUGCACAGUAAGGGAGGAUGUGUGGGGUACGUGUGUAAGUGCAUGUGUGAGUAGUUGUGUCUUGGCACACAGGUCUAUGAAUAUGGAUUCUUAUUAGUGGGAAGGCAAAUGUUACUCUUUAUAACAGAAGCACUGAAUUACGCCUCUUUUUUUUCCAAUCCAUAUAGCACAACAUCUUACUGUGCCUAUAAAACACAAAGUGUUUAUAAACAAAAUACUUUUAAGUCCACAGCAAAUUUUCUACUGGCAAACUCCAAGCAAGCAGCAUCGUCCAACUAAAAUCAGAGUAAAAGGCAAGCAUGGCAGUGUUUUUAUGUUGCCCUUCUGCCUGUUGGAACAUUGUGGAAUUUAAUAACAAACAAACUUUUCUUAUAAGCUAUUUAAAAUA